AUGUCAGAGCCUUAUUCUGAUAACAUGAAUCGAUUUAAUAACAUUAUUGACGAUCUGCCGUUGAGAUUAAGACUCACUUUAUCGUCUUUGAGUUUACUGGAUAAUGUUUCAACGCAACUGUUGCGUUUGUUGAUCUUGAACUCGAACUCUCCGCAGGUAAUUGCCGUCCUGACCGACCCGACCGGCUAUUUGAGUUCUGGUGAUACGGAAAUCUUUCGGACGUUACUGAAGCUGUUUGAACAGAUCAGAAUGAUUUACAUCAAUGGGUCAGCUCUUAUUGGAGUCGAGGAUGUGGCGCCGGGCUUGUGGUUCCCGCACGCACCGCCGCCUUUAUUGUUGAAGGGACACGAGGCCUAUGUGAUGACGGCCAUUCGCAAGGCCAAUUUGCUGACUUUUCUGUUGACCGUCCUUGGCUGUUUCAACUACGGGUUCGAGUUCCUACAGGAGACGUUCAUGGAUAUAUUUUGCCCGAAUAUAAUAUUCACUGAGCAAGGGUCUAUCGACACCAAUGGUAAAUUUCUGAAGAGACAGUCGAUCCUGUAUCUGGAUCUCAAGACUCAGGCAUUCAUAGCUGGAUUGAAGGAUUUUGACAUCAGCUCGGAUGAAAUACCGCGAACGAAGCAGGAAGAGCUGUUGCAGCUGAUAUUCUCCGAUGACCUGGCAGAUCAGCUCGUCUCAAGGAGAAUGGGUACCAGCAUCGGCGAUUCCGAGCAAUUGAUGACCUCCUCCGAGAGAGAGUUCAUGGAGAGAUGCGAACGCCGUCGAGAGAAUCUCUCGCAAUACACAAGCUACAAGACUCUCACGCAGGAUUACGACUGGGGCCAUUUUGUCAAGGAACUUCUGGACUACAGCCACAAGAACCUGGGACUGAUUAUCUGGGGCAAGAAGGGCCGCGGCAAGUCUCCUCUGUAUUCGUACGAGGAUUCCGACUUUGACCCACAUGCACUCUACGCAUCCGGCGGAACCGCCACUGAAGAGAACGCUUCAGCCAUUGCAGGCGCUACUCACUCGCUGGUUGAUCCUCAAGCAGCUGCCGGUCCGUUCGACGCCGCCGAUUUAUCCAUGGCCGCCCAACAGAGCAUGUUGGCCCAAGCGCCAGCCAAGCUAGGCGAACACAGCGCUCAGGACCAGUUUGCCAAGUCUAUCGAGGGCGCAGCGGCAGGUGCGGAUGUUAUCGGCGCCGCUAACUUGGUCAAGAAGCUGAAACCCAAGAGAACAUGGACCAAGGCCGAGGAAGACGCCCUCGUCCAAGGUCUCAAGAAGGUCGGUCCCUCCUGGUCCAAGAUCCUAGACCUCUACGGCCCCGGUGGCAAGGUUUCAGAAGCACUUAAGAACAGGACCCAAGUUCAACUGAAAGACAAAGCCCGCAACUGGAAGCUCGCUUACCUCAAGACAGGCCGAACUCUACCCAGCUAUCUCUUUAAAGUGACUGGGACGCUAGAGCGCACUUACAGAAACAAGAAGAAGCCAGUACAGGAGCGGGCUUUCACGCAAGACGGUGAAACCGGUUCGGCUUCGGAGCUCUUUCGAAGUGGCACUACAGACUCUUCAGGCUUUGACCCCAGCCUAGACACGAAUAUCUGA